CAUCAUCCAAACCGUACUAUCGGAUAUCGGGAUCCCGAUCGUUCCUGCAUACAAAUCCCCCGUCGCCGUCCGUACAACUCGGCCUGCCAGCUAUUUCCGACUCUUGAUAUAUAUCUCUCCAUCUUGCCUACCUACUCGGCCUCCAACAUACACACUCCUCCACGAAAGUCUCAAGCUCCUACAGCUCCAACUCCAACCACCACCACCCUCACAACCACAACCCCCACUUCCAACAUGUGCAUCCGCCUAAUCGAGCGCUACGCAGUGUGCAAGUGCACAUACCACGUGCACGGCGUAGACCCGUGCCAGUCAGUCGGGCAAUACGGCCACAACAUCCAAGACCGAACGGUGCUGGUCGGCUACGCCUGCACCCAGCACGUCGCCGCCUCCGGCUCGAAUUCACACAUGGUUUCCGGAGCUAGCACGUCGCCGCGCAUCGGCAUCCUGCCGGACUCCUUGAGCUCUAGCUCGAGAGGCUCGUAUUACCGGUAACUUCUACGGGAGCCGCUUCACGGGGUCGGAUGGGUGUGCGGUGGAGUUACACCAACACCAACACCAAUACACCGGCAACUCGCACUCGCACGCAUACACCCUACCACCAACAACAACAACAACAACAACAACAACAAUAACAACAACAACAACAACAACAACAACAACAACAAUCCUUUCGCGGAUACCUACAGCACCCACAUACUCUG